AGAACCCCGUGGCCCUAAUUAGAAAAAGUAUACGACGUUGAACGCAACUUGUUGCACCUGCGCAGAAAACCGCAGAUCUCCAAGUCAUAUGAUGAGAGACAGUACAGGUGAUCAGUGUCAGAUUAAAAGUAAACACAGAAAUCUCCUCUCUUAACUUCCUGCUGCGGUGCGGAAAUCUGUCUGUCUCUUGUGGGCCUGUCUCUCCGUCUUGGGGGCCGGGUCAUGAGGCUCCAGGGGUGGGUCUCCUUCAGCAGACUCGCAGCUGGAUUUCUCUCUUCAGCAGCAUCCUGGAGGACUCAGAAACACGUGUGUCUGCUCACUGUGUCCGCCGCUAACAUGGCAGAGGAGGCGAAGAAACUGGCCGCUUACGCCGCCGUGGACAACCACGUCCAGAACAACCAGGUGGUUGGAGUGGGCAGCGGAUCAACUAUUGUCUACGCUGUGGACAGAUUAGCUGAGAGAGUCCGUCAGGAGAAACUCAACAUCGUGUGUGUGCCCACCUCCUUCCAGGCUCGCCAGCUGAUCCUGCAGCACGGCCUCACGCUGUCGGAUCUGGACAGGCACCCAGAGCUGGAUGUGGCUAUUGACGGAGCAGACGAAGUGGACGCAGAUCUGACGCUGAUAAAAGGUGGAGGUGGCUGCUUGGCUCAGGAGAAGAUCGUAGCUGGCUGUGCUAAACAUUUUGUUGUCAUUGCCGACUACAGGAAGGACUCCAAGGCUCUGGGCCAGCAGUGGAAGAAGGGAGUUCCCAUUGAGGUGAUCCCCAUGGCAUACAUCCCUGUCUCAAGGACGAUAGCCAAACGAUUCGGAGGGGAGGCCAGCUUACGGAUGGCUGUCAGUAAAGCGGGCCCUGUAGUCACUGACAACAGCAACUUUAUUCUGGACUGGAAGUUCGAGCUGGCUCAGAACUGGAAGGAAGUCAACACCGCAAUCAAGAUGAUUCCAGGUGUGGUGGAGACGGGGCUCUUCGUCGGCAUGGCUGAGAGAGCCUACUUCGGGAUGGAGGAUGGAAGCGUGCAGGUUCGAGAUCCUCCAGUCAACUGAGGAGGUUGCCUUGUUCACUGGCGUCCCUGCUCUUGAAUGACGUCACUUUUCCCGCAAGUGCCCACGACUUCCAGCCGGUCUCAGACUGUGUUUUUGGACAGAGCUGCUUCUCCUGCAGAGCUGGACCAAACUGUAGCAAGAAUGUUUUCACUCAUCUCAAAACCAGAAACAAUUGAGGGUCACUUGGUUUUUCUCAUCCUGCAGGUGGUGCUUCUGACACUGUGAGCUUUAAAGUGCCUGAUGGGCAAAAUCAAGUGAUUUUCUCUGUUUUCUCUGUCUGUGUUGUUGCUCAAUUUAGCUGCCUUGUCUCACUCGGGAUGUUGGCUCUUCCUGUAAUUAGCAAGUUUGACUGAAUGUCUGCAGAGCUGCGGUUCUCAACCAGUGUGCUGAAUCACUGCAGUGCUGCAGAAUGAAGCUACGGCGUGCCUUGAGAUUAUAUUUGAACUCCUAUUAAAAUGAUAAAUAAUGCUAUUAAAGUUGCAUUUAAAAGCUUCUAAUCAUACGUCAAACUAUUCUGCUACUGUAGGCUGUGAACUGGCUUUAAAAUCUGAUAAGCCUUUAAGUCUUUUUGUUUAAUUAGAUCACAGAAAGAGGAGUAAUAUUAACUCUACUACAACAUCAAGAAAUACUGCAUUUCAGGAAAUUAAUUUCUGUAAUUAAUAUGCUAAUUUCAACUGAAAAAGGCUGCAGAAAUUAAUGAAAUCUUUGACAAUUUAGGGACCCCCUGUGGGGCAGGGAUGAAGCUUUUAUGUGGUUAUUGUGUUAGUGACAAUUAUACAACGUCGCCCACACACCGUGUAGCACAGAGGUGGGCUGCCUGUAAUAAAUAUCAUGUGGACAUUUCACAGGAUUUGGAAAAUACAACAUAGAACAAAAACUGGUCUGCACAUAGUAGAAAAGAACCAUGUAGGAGGUACGAAUGGGUUUCUGCACCAAAAAGGUUAAGAACCAACAAACCAAAGGACAAGGUGAAAUCAUCCUGUCGUUGUACAAGCAUGCACUUCCUGUUUUAUCUUUAAAAAGUGUUUUUCUGUGUGGCAGCAGCAGCAGCUUCAUCGUUCCUCCUGUGCCUCAGUAUAACCUUUCUGCUCUGUGUUACCUUGUGCGUCCUCCAGCAACAUGUGGCUCAUUUAUCACAUAGUGAUGUAUUUAUUUUCAUCUCAACCAUUCAGCUGCACUUGCCAACAAAUUUACAUCCUCUUUACAAGGAAUUGUACUUGUUGAAGUGUUCUGGAAAACUUUGCAGGUUAGACGGAUAUAAAUUACUGGAUUUUUAUGUGGACAGGAAUCAUUUCUGUCACCAGGAGAUCCCUUAAAGGUACGGCUCAAAAUUUUGGCAAUAGGUUUAUGUAUUUUGGGUGAUUUUUUUUUUUCACUGGCCAUUUGGGUAUGUAGAAAUUAUAUGCAUUUGAUUUCAUUUGGUUGUUGAAUUUAAGCAUAUGAUAGCCACAGUAACCAUGGACCCUAUGAUCUUCCUAAGGGAAAUAUUCGUGGUUUUGUCUGAGUUUGAACAGCUGUUCCUGUACAGUUACACUCGUAUGUCAGCAGAGUUAAAGUCCACAGACUCACUGUUUUACAAAAAAACAACUACAGACUGUAUGUACUUUCAUGCAUGUACCUCCACUGUGUUUGCUCUUUCGUUGUGCCUGUAAUGUUCUUGCAACGAGCCAAGUCUUGUGCCAUCACCAUCAUUUUUAAAAUAGCUAUGGAGGCAUGUAGAACAUUUUGAGGUAAUUAUGAUUGGCAGUUAUGCUGUAAAAUGGUCAGGUAAUGGUGAUCUGAUGUAGCUCAAAUCUGCACACAAAUGGCAACACAAGUGCAUUUUAUGUGCCUUGGCACGCCAAAGCAACCCUGUGUUACUCAGAUGUAGCAACAAUUAUUGAUUAUGAAGCGGAUCAUAUUUCUGGAACAAUGCUACAUUUCAAUAUGUAAAUGUGUAAACAAUCUAGCAGUAAGAGACAAAAGAUGAAUCCUUAAAGUUUGGUUUAAUUUGUGUGCAGCUCCUAAAAAAACAUCCAAGACAUGUCAUGCUUCACAAGUUACGGUCUUUAUUGAAUAUUAUUUCUAAUCAUUUCAAGGUUUUGAAGUCUUAAAAAAACAUUAUAGUGCAGUUUUGAACGUGUUGUCGAAGAUCUAAUGCUGUUGAAUUGUCUGAAAAUACUUUAUGUUUCAAAACAAUAUUACCUCUCCCUCCCCUCAAAAGUAAUCACAUCAAGUUGUCUUUCUUUACACCAUGGUCAACUUACUCCACUUUUCAGAACAACACCCAUAGUUUGAUAGUUGUGAUAGUUUUGUCAUUUUUCUCUGAUAUCUUCUGGAAUGCAGCUAUUCACUCUGCUUUUGGCUCACAAUGCCUUACACUUUAUGGUUUGUAUGUACAACUCUGAGAGACUCGGAACACCAAGGCUAGAAAAUGAAAUAUAAGCAAGCUAAUAAGUAGCUGACUUUGGGUCAAGUUGUACAUCACGUUGGAUAUUUUUGCACCAGCAUUUCUCUUGUUUCUCUCUUUACCAAUUGACUGUGAUAAUAAUUUUGCUGUGAAGGUACUACUUCCUUUGUCAACCAAUACAGAACCAUAACAAUAA